AUGGCUGCUGCGGCAACGUGGACUAUUCGAGCACGGAGGGUCACGACCGUUUUAGGGACUUUGGGGAGAUGCAGAGCCUACACACAAACCAGUUUCAAGUCACACUAUGAUGCACUUAUCAUCGGUGGAGGACACAACGGACUGGUGGCAGCUGCUUACCUUCAGAAGGGAGGCUUGCAAACAGCAGUGUUGGAGCGUAGACAUGUGUUGGGAGGUGCAGCAGUGACAGAGGAGAUCUUUCCUGGUUUCCACUUUUCCAGGUGCUCCUAUUUGCUCAGUUUAUUACGGCCGCACAUUUACAAAGACCUGGACCUGAAGAAACAGGGUUUGAAGGUUUACAUGAGGGACCCCCAUGCUUUCACCCCCAUGUUGGAAGAUGGAGUUGGAAGUGGACUGCCGAGGUCACUAACCCUUGGUUCGGAUUUGGCCGAGAAUCAGAAGGAGAUUGGCAAAUUUUCCCAGAAAGAUGCAAAGACUUUUUCCGAGUUUGUUUUGCACCUUGAGAAACUGGCAGGUGCGAUCCACCCACUCUUAGAUGCUCCUCCAGUCGACAUUCCUGGCGUCACAACUGGAUCGCUGAAGAGAAGGCUGGCUGCUGCUAAAACACUGAAGCCUGUUGUCAAAUGUGGGUUGAAAUUAGGUCGAAACAUUCCAGAGUUUUACGAGAUUAUAACCGCACCAAUCAUGAAGAUCCUCAAUCGCUGGUUCGAGUCAGAGCCACUGAAAGCAACCCUGGCAACGGACGGUGUGAUAGGAGCUAUGACCAGUCCCAGCAAUCCUGGUAGCGGGUAUGUGCUGUUGCAUCAUGUGAUGGGAGAGUUGGAGAAGGAGAAAGGUGCCUGGGGUUACGUAGAAGGUGGCAUGGGAGGCCUGUCUAAGGCUCUAGCCAAAGCUGCCCGAUCUUACGGUGCAGACAUUUUCACAGAGAAGGAUGUAGAACACAUUGUGGUUGACUCAGAUGGUGCUGCCAAGGGGGUGGUGCUGAAGGAUGGCACAGAGAUUCGUAGUGGAAUAGUUCUUUCAAAUGCUACCCCUUACGUCACGUUUAAGAGCCUCACUCAACAGGGGAUCCUUUCUUCUGAGUUCUUGAAAGCUGUUGAUCAGAUCGAUUACACUUCGCCUGUCACCAAGAUCAAUGUGGCAAUAGACAAGCUGCCAAAUUUCCUCGCAGCUCCCACACCAGACAAUAGACCCGGACCUCAUCAUCAGUGCUCCAUUCAUAUCAAUUGUGAAAGUGUAGACGUACUAGAAGCAGCCUACAUGGAGGCCGUAAAUGGACGCCCCUCGACAAGACCAAUGAUUGAGAUGACCAUCCCGUCUGUGUUGGAUCCAACAUUGGCGCCCUCUGGCUGUCAUGUAGUGUCAAUGUUCACUCAAUUUACCCCCUUUCGCAUUGACGGCAGAGAUUGGACUGAGCAGGACAAAGAGGCAUUUGCGGAUAACGUAUUUGACUGGGUGGAGAAAUAUGCCCCUGGAUUCAAACAGUCGGUGAUAGGCAGGGACAUCUUGACUCCGCCUGAUUUGGAGAGGAUUUUUGGGCUCACCGGAGGGAAUAUUUUUCAUGGAUCGAUGUCACUGGACCAGCUGUACCUAGCGAGACCAUUACCCUCACUGGCAGACUACCGUACACCAAUUAAGGGCCUGUAUCUUUGUGGCAGUGGCAGUCAUCCAGGUGGAGGUGUGAUGGGAUCUCCUGGCUGGAACGCUGCACUAAUUGCCAUGGCUGACUUAAAACGCCACUGA